AUGCCCGGGGGAAAGAGAGGGCUGGUGGCACCGCAAAACACUUUCCUGGAGAAUGUCGUCAGGCGCUCGAGUGAGACAAGUUUCUUGCUGGGAAACGCUCAGAUUGUGGACUGGCCUGUAGUUUACAGUAAUGACGGCUUCUGCAAGCUGUCUGGAUACCACAGAGCAGAGGUCAUGCAGAAAAGCAGCACAUGCAGUUUUAUGUAUGGAGAGCUGACAGAUAAGAAGACCAUAGACAAGGUGCGACAGGCCUUUGACAACUAUGAGUCCAACUGCUUUGAAGUGCUGCUGUACAGAAAGAACAGAACCCCGGUUUGUUGCUACCUGCAGAUAGCACCAAUCCGCAAUGAAAAUGACAAAGUGGUUCUGUUCCUGUGCACAUUUAAGGACAUCACCGUCUUUAAACAGCCUAUUGAAGAUGAAAGCACCCGGGGUUGGACCAAGUUUGCACGUUUGACUCGAGCGUUGACCAACAGCAAAAGCACCAUUCAGCAGAUCAACGCCUGUAAGCAGAACCGACCGUCACAUCACACAAACCGUCUUUCUCAUGUGCUUCAGCUGGGCUCUGACAUACUUCCGCAGUACAAGCAGGAAGCCCCUAAAACCCCGCCUCACAUCAUCUUACACUACUGUACAUUUAAGACCACUUGGGACUGGGUCAUCCUCAUCCUGACCUUCUACACUGCCAUCAUGGUUCCUUACAAUGUCUCCUUCAAGACCAAACAGAAUAACGUCACGUGGCUGGUUCUGGACAGCGUUGUGGACGUCAUCUUCCUCGUAGACAUCGUGCUCAACUUUCACACCACGUUUGUCGGGCCAGGAGGAGAGGUGAUCUCAGACCCCAAACUGAUCAGGAUGAAUUACCUGAAGACUUGGUUCGUUAUAGAUUUGCUGUCCUGUCUGCCUUACGACAUCAUCAACGCUUUUGAAAACGUGGAUGAGGGCAUCAGCAGCUUGUUUAGCUCUCUGAAGGUCGUCCGACUGCUCCGUUUGGGUCGUGUUGCACGUAAACUGGACCACUAUCUGGAGUAUGGCGCGGCUGUGCUGGUUUUGCUGGUCUGUGUAUUUGGAUUAGUGGCCCACUGGCUGGCCUGCAUCUGGUACAGCAUUGGAGAUUAUGAGGUCAUUGACGAACAAACCAACACCAUCAAAACUGACAGCUGGCUCUUCCAGUUAGCCACCAGCAUCGGGUCCCCGUAUCGCUACAAUGCCAGUGGGACCGGCCAGUGGGAGGGCGGUCCCGGUAAAGACUCUCUGUAUAUAACCUCACUAUAUUUUACCAUGACCAGCCUGACCACCAUUGGCUUUGGAAACAUCGCGCCAACGACAGAUGGAGAGAAGAUCUUCUCUGUAGCCAUGAUGAUGGUCGGAUCUCUCCUUUAUGCCACUAUCUUCGGUAACGUGACCACAAUUUUCCAGCAGAUGUAUGCGAACACCAACCGUUACCACGAAAUGCUGAAUAACGUGCGGGAUUUCCUCAAGCUCUACCAGGUGCCUAAAGGCCUCAGUGAGAGAGUGAUGGACUACAUCGUCUCCACGUGGUCCAUGUCCAAAGGCAUCGACACAGAGAAGGUGCUUUCCAUCUGCCCUAAAGACAUGCGGGCAGACAUCUGCGUGCACCUAAAUAGAAAGGUGUUUAAUGAGCAUCCAGCAUUCCGAUUGGCCAGUGACGGAUGUCUGCGAUCAUUGGCCGUGGAGUUUCAGAUGAUACACUCCGCCCCUGGUGACCUCAUCUUCCAUGCGGGGGAAAGUGUGGACUUGCUCUGCUUUGUGGUGUCGGGGUCACUGGAGGUCAUCCAGGAUGACGAGGUCAUUGCUAUAUUGGGUAAAGGGGACGUGUUUGGUGAUGUGUUCUGGAAGGAGACUACUUUAGCCCACUCUUGCGCCAAUGUUCGGGCGUUAACAUACUGUGAUCUUCACAUCAUAAAGAGAGAAGCCUUGCUGAAAGUGUUGGACUUCUACACGGCUUUUGCAAACUCCUUCUCCAGAAAUCUAUUUCUCACCUGCAACCUACGCAAAAGGUUUGUGUUUCGUAAGAUCAUCGAUGUGAAGAAGGAGGAAGAAGAGAGGCAGCGCUCCAAGAAUGAGGUCCCACUCACCAUUCCUGUAGACCACCCAGUCCGAAAACUUUUCCAGAAGUUUAAACAGCAGAAAGAGCUCAGAAACCAGGGUGCUUCAGCCCAGCUGGAUCUAGAGAAGAAUCAGCAUCACCUACAGCAGCCCUCGCGCAUGCCCAAACCUCACGCCUCCCUCAUGCAGAACUCACUGCACGCGGUUCAGAACGGCUCCACCAGCAGCGUGGUCACCAUCUCCCAAAUCACACUCCAGAACUGUCUGGCCUACCCAAAACCCGGAGACUCCAUCAAGCAGAACAACCGCGACUUCAUGGAGCUCAAACCCGCAGUGGUGACCGGUGAGCAAGUGGCAAACCGGCUCAAAGUAAAUAACACUGCGAGAACCAAAUCUGCAGGAGCUGCUCGUGGCUGGAUGAGACUAAAAAAUAACAUGGCUGCACCAGGGUCACCUCCGGAAGAUGAAAGGAAGGAGGUGUUAAACAAUGCCACCAAGGCCGUUUCAAUGGAGCGCAUUGCAUCAGAAGUCAAAGUCCAGAUAGAAAGUGUUGAGGAGGCUGGAGGAUCCAGGAAGAAUUCACUUCGUAAAACGGACUCUUGGGACAGUGGUUUGACCUACAGCGACCAAAGACUGGAUAGAGUUUCAGAACCGCAGAGUCCUGUGCCUGGUGCUGGUGAAGUUUACCCAAGUAGCGAGAGCUCAUUUCAGGCAUCGCUGCAGGAGGCAAGGCUGGAGCUGCGGACGGAGAUCCAGGCUCUGAACGGAAGGAUGGCAACUUUGGAAGAACGCGUCGGACAGAUUCUCAGACUUCUUUUAGACUCUUCGAAAACCCAGUCUAGUGAGGACUUGACUCAUAGACCCAAACUCAAAGCACAGAGCAGCAUUCCGGUGUCCAAUCUGAGCACGCCAGACUCUGAAAAAGAUGAAGGCUUGCCAUGAGAAAAUUAGCAUUCAAUGCACAUUUAAGGUUGAAGCUUUUGUAGCAUCUCUGUGGUGUUUAUUGAUGCAAUGAAUAAGCUAGAAGCUACCUAUAGAAGCUUGGGAUGAUUCCUAGUUUCUGAUUUCAGAGGAUCUCAAGAUAAGUAUAGGAAUAAUAAUUGUUUUUGUGAGUCAAAUUAAGAGUCAAGAACUCUA